AUGCUGAGUUCGACGGCCACAGAAGCGCUACGGUCGCAAGUAGCAUCAAAAUGGCAGGAAUCCUUCUCGCGCAUAAAUCGAGAUAAUCCUGGGAUAUCAGGGCUUAUAGGUUUCAGUGAGGCAUGGGCACUGUCUGUUCAAUUUCUAUAUCCACAAGAUAUCAGGGUGUCUCCACCUCCUGACGCUGACACUUACGAAAGAAACCUGAUUGCUAUUCGGCCGGCCUUCAAUCUUGUUAGUCAAUGUCGGCGACUUCCAGCCUUACUAGAGAACUUUCUCGAGGAUAUGCGGAAGAACUUCCACUUCAUAGAGGCAGAGAUCAACGAGUACAUGACGCGUUACGAUGAGUCGGAAAAUACUAACGAGAUCGAGGCCCUUGUUGCACGUCUGGUACAAUGGUGUCACGCAUGGGAGCCACCACAAGAUCUGGAUAGCCUCGGAGCGACCAUCCUCUCAUCCUACACCCUGAACUUCCAAACACGCGUUUUUUCUGCCCUUCCAGCCAACUUUACAGCCGCCUUCAAGAACCUCUGCAGAUCUCUGCUCGCCCCGCCACCCUACGACGAAGAUGGCCAGCCGCGACAGUGGGACUCGUCCAUUCACGCAACGACAUGGCGGAAUUUCGACUUUUUAGGAAUGAUGGAUCGAUACGAGAGCAUCAUCGCAAGUGUCGGAUAUGAGUACAUCGAGCAGCAUGUGCUGGAUACAUGCACGGGAGAGUGGUCGAAGCCGAUGUUGGAAGACUUACGGACCUGGAUGUCGGACAGGGUUGUGCCGUGGAUGCUGCAUGUGUACGCAAGAGGUGCCACGAGUGCCGACGAAGCAAGAACGAUGCUUCAAGGUGUUGGUUCCCGUUUUGACUUCCAUAUCAACAAGACUUUGUGUGAAUUACGGACAAGAGAGAUCUUUAAUAUUAUAAUCGACUACCCCGAUUCCUUGGGUGCCUUGACAGACCUCCGCGAUUCUCUGCAUCGUACAGACCAACGGCAAAACCUCGUGAAGUCGCUUCGAAAUGCCAAUCGGAAACGUCUUCUCCACCCAGGCGCCGACACCAAGCUCAUUCUUCAACAAUACGUGGCCACGAUCAAAUGUCUUCGCAUCAUUGACCCACCGGGUGUCCUUCUCUACAAAGUUGCGGAUCCUAUCAGAAAAUACCUUCGAGAAAGACCUGAUACAAUUCGCUCGAUCGUAGCCAGUCUAGUCGGAGAUGAGGAUAGCGGCGACUCGCUAUUGGACGAAAGCGAGCCCGUCCAGCCUCUCCAGCAGCACGAAUUCGAGGACUAUACUGACCCUAAUUGGGAGCCUGAACCAACGGACGCAGAUCCUGAAUUCCGGACUAAGAGGUCAAGCGAUGUCAUCAGCACGCUAGUCAGCAUCUACGACUCGAAGGACUUGUUCAUCAAAGAGCUCCAGGUACUUCUCGCCCAGCGGCUGUUAAUGCUAACGAAAGAUGGUUCCGACCGAGUCGAGCGAGAGAGAAGGAACAUCGAGAUAUUGAAGGUUCGGUUCGGAGAGGCCGCCUUGCAAGUGUGCGAGGUGAUGCUGAGAGAUAUGACGGAUUCAAAGCGGAUCGAUGUGCACGUCCAAUCGCAGAAGACUUCGGUGGUGCAUCCAAUGAUAAUUUCAACGCAUUUCUGGCCCGCGCUCGAGUCGAGCGAGCUGGUGAUGCCUGGCCAGUUCCAGAAGCUCGCAGAAGACUAUGCUCGCGAGUUCACAGUCUUCAAACCCGACAAGAAGCUCAAGUGGUUACCUCACCUCGGUACCGUUCAAGUCGAAGUGGAACUCGAGGAUCGAACGCUGUCAUUUGAUGUUCCUCCACUGGAGGCUGCAUUCAUCGAGCUUUUCUCUCAAAAAGCCGUUUGGCAACUCGACGAACUCAUGAAAGCUGUUGGCUCCGUCGCUCGAAGUGCAGCCGUCAAAGCUCUAUCCACCUGGGUCGACCAUGGCGUGCUCAAAGAAGACCCAGAAAAUACAUUCAUCCUACUAGAACGGGAAGAGGAGGGCGGCUCGUCUGGAAUCAUUCGCGAUCCCUCAAGACUCGACUCUACUCCACCAGACGUUCCUCCUGUCGCGAGCGUCCAGCAACAACAAGCGGAGCAAAUGCGUGUAUACUGGAAGUUCAUCGAAGGCAUGCUUACGAAUCUCGGCACCUUACCCCUCGACCGCAUACAAACGAUGCUCAAGUUUGCGCCGGGGUACGACCAGUCCGUGGAUCAGCUUGCGGCGUUCAUGGAGGCGGCGAGAAGAGAGGGUCUGGUCGUGGUCCGAGACGGGAUGUGGAAGCUGAACAAGUAG